AAUGUUUUCAUUUAAGUUGUCAAAAUGACAUUUUUAAGUUACAAAUUUUGAUUUAUGAUAAUCCCUGAUUCCUUACAAUGUGAAAAAGAUUUUGUUAUAUACGUCUCUCUUUAAAAGUUUAGUUGUGAAAUAUAUGUAAAAUGACAUCUUCAAGUGAAACCAGUCUUUCACAAAAUGCCUCAGCAUUGAGGCAAGAUGGUCAAGAUAUCCUUUCGUCUUGCACAAAUGCAAGAUCCGUACCUCAACUGCCUCCACGGCCGAUCAAUCAGUACAGGCCAACUGGUGUAAUGCCCUACUCAGGUUAUGGUGGGUCCACGUAUGGAAGCUAUGGUGGCUUAGGAAGUUAUGGAAGCUUGAGUAGUUAUGGUAGUUAUGGAGGUCCAAGCUCCUAUGGGUCGUAUGGUAUGCCCUCCAUGUACAACUCUUAUGGUGGAUACAAUAGUAUGGGUAUGUACAAUAUGCCAGGAGUAUAUGGGGGUAUUAAUGAUGAUGCAGAAAGGCGAUUCAUUCAGUAUGCUGAGGAAAGUUCACGAAAAACAUUCUCUAAUGUUGAAAGCAUUGUCAGGGCAUUUGGUAGCAUAGCAAUGAUGUUGGACAACACCUUCUUCGCCUUAACAAGCUCGUUUAGAGCCGUUUUGAGUGUAGCAGAGAACUUCGGAAGAUUGAGGACCACAUUCAGUCAAAUUUGGUACUCGGUGAGCGUUUUCAGAUUCGUUAAUUGGCUUUAUAGGAAAGUAUUGGAACUUCUUGGUAAAAAACCCAGGAGUCCAACUUCUGCUGCAUGGAAUCAAGCAACAAAAGGAAUACCCAACGGUGUUCUGAAUGAAGGUUCAUCGCAAUCCAGCUGGCCCACUAUAGCGUUUUUAGGCAUCUUAGCAUCUGCCCCUUAUAUUAUCAGCAAAUUUCUGCCUAAAUACGAAGAUAAAUCAGACAUGUCCAGCUGGAAAUCCCCAGGUGUGCCUGCGAAAGCAGCAUUCGACUUUGUUGGGAGUAACCCAUCAGAAAUGUCAAUUGCGUUAAAUGACGAUGUGGUAAUAGCCCCUCUGUAUAUUCAAGAAUCUAUGAAACUUAGGAAUACAGGUUGGGCCUAUGCCUUGAGCAAGGGUAAGAGUGGAUUAGUCCCUCUCAAUUACCUACUGUUGAAUAAAUCGACCAAGAAGCAAGACCCGAUACCAGUAGCAACCAGCAAUUUGAGUCGUGAAAACUUCCUCAAAAAUUUCGAGAAUACAAACUGGUUCUCAGAUAAUCCUAAUGCUCCUCCGAGUGAGGAGGAGGUAAAAACUAAGUCGAAGGCUAAAAGAGUUAGUUUUGGGGAAAACCAAAUUUUUGAGAAUAUAGAUUUGGAUAGUUUGAGGAAAGAGGCGGACAGUGAAACGAAACAGCUAAAGAGUAGUUUGAAAAAUUCAAAUCAUAACAACGAACAGGGCAGUGAUUGUGAUAAACAUAUAUCUUAGAUUUUAAAAAGGGAAAUUUUGGUUAUUUGGUUUUAAGAUAACUAGUGGAAGGAGUAAAAUAUUGGUUAUUUACUUUUGCUUCUUGAGAUUAUUGGUGUUACAGAGAGUAAGGAAAAAUCCCCUUCAUUUUAAUGUUGAACCAACAGGUAUGAGAUCUGAAUUUGACGAUUUUGAAAUUUUCACUUGAAGUUUUGCUAUGGAUGAAAAUAUGUGGAAUGUUCCAAGUCUUGAAUUACUGGGACUUUUCGUAUAGGGGUCACAUUAUUUCAUAGUAAAGAUUUUUACCAACCAUUAUAAACUUUUAUAUUGGUGCUAAGACUGAUUUGCAGGUGAUAGAAUUCCAAUAUAUUGAAAAUUCGUGCAUUUAUUGGAGAUGAAUAGCGUGAGGUAGCUAAUAAUUUUACUGAUAAAUGUUCAUGUCUUAGCAUUUAUAGUCUUUAUAAAUAAAUCAUUGAAUAGAA